CAUGGUGUGAGCACCUCUCCCUUCUUCAGGGAAGCGUGGCACCCGUCGCUGUGCCUGUGCCUCCUGUUGCCAUGUGGCCUCUGUUCAGAAAAGGGGAGGUGUCUGUGGUGGCAUUGGCUUUGUGGGAACAGGGCACAUGCUGCAAGCAGGUCUGAGAAGUGAGAGCUAAGGGAGAGAGGGUCCUCCCCAGCUCUCAUUUUUUGGCUCUUUUCUCUGCCUAGUUCUCUGUCCUCUGGGUUCCUUUCCUCCAUACUUGCUCGUGUCUCAGGAGGCCAGGAGACUGUCCCGUUCACCACUCUGUGAACAUGAUCUGCUUGCUCUUCUGUCUCAGGUGACUGUUUAGCCCCCUAGUGGCAUAGAAGCCCCCUUGGUCGCUGGGUCAUGGUCAGUGCCUAGAUAAGGGUUUGCACAUAGUGGGGCUUCAUGCAUAUGCUGGGAAGAAAGACACACAGCAGCUUCCUCUAAGGUAUCAGAGUGGGCCUGGUCCCUCUGCCAUCCCCUAGGGUCUCCUGCGCUGUAUGAACCCUGUGGAGUGAGUCUCUGAUCUCCUUUACAACGAAGAGGAUAGCUUUGCCCAAGUGCAGGAUUCAGUGAGGGGGAGACAAAGCUUCCCUUUAGGGAAAGAAAAUCAUCAGUGAGAAUAAGCACAGCCAUUGCAGCAGAUCUUCAACAGGACUAAGGUCAGGGCCAGCGCUUGCCUUGGAGACCCCACUUCCUCCUACAGUGACCCCAUGGGCUUGGCCUAUGAGCACUGCACUGUUCAGAGACACACACAGAGACAGAGGGAGGCACAGGGACAUCCCCAGAACUCAGAGCUGCAGAGGGCAACACUUACCUUCCCAUCAUUCUGGCCUGUUGGGCAUAGGUGCAGGCCCUGGUGGAUCGCAGGAAGGAGGAACCGAGGAAGGGUUGGCUGCCUGGAAAAGCUGGCACCAGCUGCUCGGAGAGGGAGUGUGAUGUGACCACCUGCACUCGCCAGACUUGGGCGAGGCUCCCAGCUGAGUGAUUUUCAAGCUGUGGUGCAAGAGUGGAGUCAGUGGCCAAACCAUGAGCCAACGGGAGGGUUGCAGGGUGAAGCUCCCCCAAACUGCAUAUUAGUUAGUGACUUUUGUCUCAACACAGACAGGAGAGCCUCAGCACAAAUGUCGUUUUCCCAGUAAAAGGUUCAAUUUCAGAAGGGACUUGGGAGACAUAUUAGCAUGUCUGGGCCACUUUCAUAGCCACAGAGAGGCGGUAACUGCCUGCCUAGAGGACAUCAAUCCGUGUUAGCCAAGACAGAGUCCCUUUGUAGAGGUGAGAACCCAGAAGCUUGUCUCGUUUCUUUGGGGGUGUGUCCUUAAGUGAAACACCCAGGAUAUUCCGUGGGGUGCCAUUGAAAUGGCCCCAGGAAGGAAUCAAGUCUAGGUCCCCUAGCACGAAGACCUGUGGUCACAGUCACCACCUCUCCUCUGCAAUGUGGUUCAAGUCAGAGACCCAGCUCCUGACCUGUUGGACCCACGGUAUUGGUCUUUCACACAGCAAGUGACAGAGAAAUGGACAGAAUAGGAAGAAGUCCUGAUGUGUUUGGUGAACACAGCUCUGGACAUCUCAUGAUGAAUAAGCAUUGGAGAAGGAGUGGAAGGACAGUCAGGCCAGUGGCACACAGACACCAAGGUGCAGGAGUUAAAAGGAUGUGAAGUUGGCAGAACACAAAUCAUCCCAAGAAGUACAGUGGCAGAGUAUCAAAGUUCCUUCUCUCAUGAUCCCAAAAACAUGUGGACAGUGACCUUGCCCCAGCGGGGGGCUAGGGAGAGAAGAAUUUCACAUGGGAGGACAUGAAGCCCAUAUUUCUGUGGGGUUGCUGUCUACCCAUGCCUGGAAUGAGGUGUUGGCCCUGGUGUGCAGUCCCAGGGUGUUUGUGGUUCUUCUCCAAAGCCCCAGUGGGAGUCUCCUCUAUUCCCACCCUGACCCAUGGUGAGCUGGCACUUGUUGCAUUGUAGAGCCUGAAAGUCUUGUGUAAGAAACUGGCAUGAAAGCCUACAGUGAUAUGUAGAUGUGUGUAGACAGUGUCCAUUCGCCAGCAGCAGGCGUCAACACCUGCCAGCCCAUCACUGGGGAUGCUUAUGACCCUGGAGACCUUUUGUAUUCCAUAUCACACAUGUACCUGUGUUACAGGAUUCUACUCUGGUAGGAGAGGAAAUGACUCUGGAGGCUGUGGAGUAACACUGUACCCUGGAGCUGCCCACCUGCCAGCCCUCUCCUGGGUGAGAAUGUAACAGAACAGCAAGCACACAACAUCCCAGCAGCUACUCCUGCCAGGAGGACUAACCCGUAUGACCAAAGUCCUCCCACACCCAGAAAGAAGUGCUAGACUUGUGCAGGAAACUCACAGUGGUGCUGAGGCCAGGGUGGACAUGAGUGGGGCUUCCUGGUGUUUCUUGGUGGCUGGUGGACAGGCCUCGAAAGACCUCGCCUGGGUUCCUUACUGUCUCUGCGCAUGGCAUUGCCAGCUCAGAGAUCUCUUCUGGCCUUCUUUUGGCCUUCGAUGGCCUAGAGACGAACUCUGGGAAGAACCCCUCAGGAAUGACCUCUUUUGGGCCCGUAGGUGUUUGUUGGGGCUCCAUGGCCAAGCCUGGGAAGAUCUCUGGAAGAACUUCCCCUGGGCUUCCAGGUCUUUGUGGGUUUGUCAUGCCCAGGCCCAGGAAAAUGUCCUCUGGGAAGACCUCUCCUGGGCUCCUGUGUCUUUCUGGGUUUCUCAUGCCCAGGCUCGGGAAAAUCUCCUCUGGGAAGACCUCUCCUGGGCUCCUGUGUCUUUCUGGGUUUCUCAUGCCCAGGCCCGGGAAAAUGUCCUCUGGGAAGACCUCUCCUGGGCUCCUGGGUCUUGGUUGGUAUCUCAUGCCCAGGCUCGGGAAAAUGUCCUCUGGGAAGACCUCACCUGGGCUCCUGUGUCUUUCUGGGUUUCUCAUGCCCAGGCUCGGGAAAAUCUCCUCUGGGAAGACCUCUCCUGGGCUCCUGUGUCUUUCUGGGUUUCUCAUGCCCAGGCCCGGGAAAAUGUCCUCUGGGAAGACCUCUCCUGGGCUCCUGGGUCUUGGUUGGUAUCUCAUGCCCAGGCUCGGGAAAAUCUCCUCUGGGAAGACCUCUCCUGGGCUCCUGUGUCUUUCUGGGUUUCUCAUGCCCAGGCCCGGGAAAAUGUCCUCUGGGAAGACCUCUCCUGGGCUCCUGGGUCUUGGUUGGUAUCUCAUGCCCAGGCUCGGGAAAAUCUCCUCUGGGAAGACCUCUCCUGGGCUCCUGUGUCUUUCUGGGUUUCUCAUGCCCAGGCCCGGGAAAAUGUCCUCUGGGAAGACCUCUCCUGGGCUCCUGGGUCUUGGUUGGUAUCUCAUGCCCAGGCUCGGGAAAAUCUCCUCUGGGAAGACCUCUCCUGGGCUCCUGUGUCUUUCUGGGUUUCUCAUGCCCAGGCCCGGGAAAAUGUCCUCUGGGAAGACCUCUCCUGGGCUCCUGGGUCUUGGUUGGUAUCUCAUGCCCAGGCUCGGGAAAAUCUCCUCUGGGAAGACCUCUCCUGGGCUCCUGUGUCUUUCUGGGUUUCUCAUGCCCAGGCCCGGGAAAAUGUCCUCUGGGAAGACCUCUCCUGGGCUCCUGGGUCUUGGUUGGUAUCUCAUGCCCAGGCUCGGGAAAAUCUCCUCUGGGAAGACCUCUCCUGGGCUCCUGUGUCUUUCUGGGUUUCUCAUGCCCAGGCCCGGGAAAAUGUCCUCUGGGAAGACCUCUCCUGGGCUCCUGGGUCUUGGUUGGUAUCUCAUGCCCAGGCUCGGGAAAAUCUCCUCUGGGAAGACCUCUCCUGGGCUCCUGUGUCUUUCUGGGUUUCUCAUGCCCAGGCCCGGGAAAAUGUCCUCUGGGAAGACCUCUCCUGGGCUCCUGGGUCUUGGUUGGUAUCUCAUGCCCAGGCUCGGGAAAAUCUCCUCUGGGAAGACCUCACCUGGGCUCCUGUGUCUUUCUGGGUUUCUCAUGCCCAGGCCCGGGAAAAUGUCCUCUGGGAAGACCUCUCCUGGGCUCCUGGGUCUUGGUUGGUAUCUCAUGCCCAGGCUCGGGAAAAUCUCCUCUGGGAAGACCUCACCUGGGCUCCUGUGUCUUUCUGGGUUUCUCAUGCCCAGGCUCAGGAAAAUCUCCUCUGGGAAGACCUCACCUGGGCUCCUGUGUCUUUCUGGGUUUCUCAUGCCCAGGCUCGGGAAAAUCUCCUCUGGGAAGACCUCUCCUGGGCUCCUGGGUCUUUGUGGGGGCCUAGUGGCUUGGCUAAGGCAAAUCUCCCAUGGGAAGACGACCUCUGGGCUCCUAGGUCUUUGUAGGCCACCCGUGGUGGUGCCGGGACAGAUCUCCUGUGGGAAGAUCUCCCGUUCUCUGGGAAGGCCCCUAGGUAUUUGUGGAUCUGAUCUGACCAGGCCAGGAAAGAUCUCCCGUGGGUAGCCCUCCCCCACUGUCCUCAGUGACUCUGGGCUACUGUUGCCUGGUCCGUCAGUUUCACACCUGGGGCCUCUUGCAGUUUCUGGGCUUCUGGUUGUCAGGCAUGGGGAGACCUGCCCAGAGCUAGGUGGUAUCUCUGAGCACUGGGUGGCUGGGCCUGGAGAGACCUGCCUUGGUCUCCUUGGUGUCUUUGUGUCCUGACGAAUGGGGCCUAAGGAGACUUUUCUCGGGUUCCCCAGUGUUUCCCUGUGACUGGCAUUCAGGCCUGAGGAGACCUGUCCUGGGAUCUUUGCUGGAUUUUGGUACCUGGUGCCAGAUCCCUG